AGCAUCAGUCGACUCUUGGACGUUCUACCGUGCGCAACACAAAGCCAGCUCAAGUCAUUCUUGUUUCAACAAACUUGUAACUCGCAAAUCAAUUCAAUUUAAAGAAAAUGAAGCUCGCCGUUUUGGGUUCCCUUGCCGCCGUUGCCACCACGGUCGUGGCCAACGAUCAGUACCAACAGAACGAAGAUCAUUACGAAGAAAUGAUUCCAGAGGAUGAAGAUCCUUUCACUAGCCGCUCUCUCGCCAACAGCCCCGUCCCUCUGCCCGUCUUGGCCAUGUUGACCAUGAUGAACUUCUUCAACGCCCUCCAGGAGGAUUGGUCUGAGGAAGAAAGCCGUGAUGGAGAUUUAGAUUCAAACAACCCCCCUGGUCGAUUUUCAGGUGUGUGGAAGCGGAUGAAGGGAGUACCUGGCGUUUUGUACGAGACCUCUUCCAUGAUGGCUCCUUUGACUCUGCGCUACAUGCUCAGCGAGGAUUCCGAUCAUCCUCACUGCCAACAAGUUAUGCUCUGCGAAUUGAACGUCAAGGUUAAGCAACGUUUCGGCAAACCCGGAGAGAUCGCCAUGCAGUUGGCUAGUUCGAUGGCCGGUUACGCCCUGGGCGGUAAGGACGCUCAGCGUUACGAUUCGUUGGUGGAUGCUGCCCGUAACGGACGUCGUGGUAAGGAGUGCCACGAGCUCUAUCCCAAGUGCCCGGCCCGUAACGAGAGCUCGGCUGUUCCGGCUCUACUCAACUUGGCCAGCCGCCUCAUCAAGAACUAAACUAAAUUCUUUACCUUCUGGGAAACAAAACUAACACAAAAUUGAAUAUUUAUUAUAACCCCUCCCGACUAUUUAUUGUUUCGGUAGCUCUUCUCAAAAAGACUGUUUAUCGGUGCAUCGGAAUGACGUGCACGCA